GCAGAAUGGGCGUUUGUUAAAUAAAUACGAAUCACUUCCUCGUGCUUCAUUUUUAUAAGUUGAAGAUGAAUGAAAAAGAAUUUGUUCCCGCGCUCGUGGCGCUCGCCGUCUGUGUCGGUGGAAACCCUGAAGGGCUUUUACACUGUGAAGAGCGACAACUCUUCCUCCAAAAUGCCUCAAAACCCGAAACCGGUUACCUAUUCCCGUUGCCUUUCAAUAGAGGUUUGAUCCGCAUUUCGCAGAAUGAGAUAAAUAUUGCCACCGCCAACUUUAGCGCAACUCCAUGGAAGCUUCAAUUGAGUGAUAAAGUCAUAGCAAUGGAUAACGUGUCAAUUGUGCUAAAGCACUUUCGGGACACCUUAAUAGUGGCCCGAUAUCGUGCUGGCAAAAUUUUUGAACCGUGUAUGCUCUACAAAAUGAUCGAUGAUAGCGGAACAAAGAACAUAACCGAAGGUCCUGACAACGGCAAGAUUGAGCUCGAUGGGCCCACAGAUACAAUAGGUGGUCCGAUCGGUGGUGCGGCAGCUGUCCUCCUCCUCCUCCUCCUCAUCAUAUCUUUGGUCUGCUAUUGGAGGAAAAAAAUGAGGGGGCGAGCACGCAAAGGUUCCACCCAUGAAGAAAAUGAAGAGGACCCGGAAGAGAAAGUGCCUAUGGCUGCUGCCACUUUUUUGCCUUGACUGGUUUCAUCUGCGCUAGCUAUUGGCGUGGAGUCAACACCUGGCAAGAAUGGAUGGAAAACAGAAAAAGAGAAAGCGGAUUUCCUUCUUCCAUUUUCUGAGCCGCUUAUGCCCACAAGUGUCGCAUGAGUGCUGGAGGGCGAACAUACCGUAU